AUGGUUAAAGCAAAGAAACAGAAAUAUUCAUAUUUUUUACUCUUUUUCUUGCUAGAUUUGUCUUUGGCGAAGAGGAAAUUUGCCGAUUCCUUAAAUGAAUUUAAAUUUCAGUGCAUAGGAGAUGCAGAAACAGAUGAUGAAAUGUGUAUAGCAAGGUCUUUGCAGGAGUUUGCCACUGUCCUCAGGAAUCUUGAAGAUGAGCGGAUACGGAUGGAAGCCAAGAAGAAGUAUGACAAGGAGACAGAAAAGUAUUGUGGCAUCUUAGAAAAACACCUAAAUUUGUCUUCCAAGAAGAAAGAAUCUCAGCUUCAGGAGGCAGACAUCCAAGUAGACUUGGUCCGGCAGCAUUUCUAUGAAGUAUCGCUGGAGUAUGUCUUCAAGGUGCAGGAAGUCCAAGAGAGAAAGAUGUUUGAGUUCGUGGAGCCUCUACUGGCAUUCUUGCAAGGACUCUUCACUUUCUAUCACCAUGGUUAUGAACUGGCCAAGGAUUUCAGCGACUUCAAGACUGAGUUGACCAUCAGCAUACAGAAUACAAGAAAUCGCUUUGAAGGCACCAGGUCAGAAGUGGAAUCACUGAUGAAAAAGAUGAAGGAGAAUCCCCUUGAGCACAAGACCAUCAGUCCCUACACCAUGGAAGGGUACCUGUACGUUCAGGAGAAACGUCACUUUGGAACUUCUUGGGUGAAGCACUACUGUACAUAUCAACGGGAUUCCAAACAAAUCACCAUGGUACCAUUUGACCAAAAGUCAGGAGGAAAGGGGGGAGAAGAUGAAUCCGUCACCCUGAAAUCCUGCACCCGGCGGAAAACAGACUCUAUCGAGAAGAGGUUUUGCUUUGACGUAGAAGCAGUAGACAGGCCAGGGGUUAUCACCAUGCAGGCGUUGUCGGAAGAGGACCGGAGGCUCUGGAUGGAAGCCAUGGAUGGCCGGGAGCCUGUCUACAAUUCGAACAAAGACAGUCAGAGUGAAGGAAGGAUCAAUGAGCAAGGGCUCUACCGAAUUGUGGGGGUCAAUUCCAGAGUGCAGAAGCUGCUCAGCGUCCUGAUGGACCCCAAAACAGCUUCUGAAACAGAGACCGAUAUCUGUGCUGAAUGGGAGAUAAAGACGAUCACUAGUGCUUUGAAGACCUACCUAAGAAUGCUUCCAGGACCACUCAUGAUGUACCAGUUUCAAAGAAGUUUCAUCAAAGCAGCAAGCUGGUUGGUGUCACACAUGACUUGAGAAUGACUGGACAUUGCCCUUGAUUUGUUGGAU